GCACAUUAUUUAGUAAAUAAAAUAAUAAAUAUUUGUAAAAUUAUAUUCAAUUAAUUAGUGUUUUAAGUAGUUUUAGCGCAAAUUAUUCACUGAAUACAGUAUUUUGAGCACAAAUUGUUGAAAUUAAUUACAAAGUCAUUAGAAAUGUAUCAGAAUUUGCGGACAGCGGUUGCGAUCCUAUUGUUUGUUGUGAUGCCUAUUGUGCUAAAGCUGGUGGAGGGUUGCGGUGCGCCCACUGCCCCCUGCAUUCCGUUCCCCUUCAUGAAAUCAACAUGCUGCAGUGGAUCAUGUUACUGGUUCAGAUGUCGCGACUACUUCUGGGACGAUCCCAACUAUAAUAAGGACGAGUUUUAAUGCAUUUUAAUAAUGUGUCCAUUAAUUAAGACCUGGAUGUUAU